UCGUAUCAGUAGAGAGAGAUAAAUUGAAUGGUCAUCACACCACGAAUGCCAAGCAGUUGUCAGUCAGAUCGCUUAGUGAGUGGAUUUGUUUGUUGUUUUCCGCUGUGUGCCGUAUUUUACGUUUGCCGGGGCUCAAUCUAAAGCAAUCUUUUUAUCGAGAAGUAAAAUGCCCAAUAGUAAAAGUGUUAGCGAUAUGAAACAAUUGGUUGCUGAAGAUGGAUUUCUAGCACAGCCAAAAGGCUUCGCCACAAAAGCAAUUCACGUAGGCCAAGAUUCAAGUCAAUGGAAAAGCAAUGCGGUUGUUCCGCCAAUUAGUAUGAGCACUACGUUUAAGCAAUUUGCUCCAGCUCAGCAUGGCGGCUUUGAAUACGGCCGUAGUGGAAACCCGACUCGCAACGUGCUGGAACAAUGUCUUGCGGCUUUGGAUAAUGGCAAAUAUGGUCUUACAUUCUCGUCGGGAUUGGGCACAACAACUACUAUCAUUACGAUGCUUCAAGCCGGAGACCAUAUAGUCGCUGGAGAUGAUCUGUAUGGUGGUACUAAUCGGCUGCUUAGAAAGGUAGCUCUAAAAAUGAACAUUUCGAUAGAUUUUGUCGAUUGUACUAACAUAGCCAAAGUCGAAGCAGCGGUGAAACCUAACACCAAGCUGUUCUGGAUUGAGACACCGACCAAUCCAUUAUUGAAAGUUAUUGAUAUUGAAGCAGUGUGUGCAGUAGCGCAUAAAUUUCCUGAGGUUAUUGUAGUGGUGGACAACACAUUUUUGUCUUCAUAUUUUCAACGACCAUUGAAUUUUGGAGCUGAUAUAGUAAUGUAUUCUUUAACGAAGUACAUGAACGGACAUUCCGACGUUAUUAUGGGCGCAGCUGUUAUGAAUGAUGAAGCCAUAUAUGAAAAGCUAAAAUUUCUUCAGAAUGCUACCGGCAUUGUACCUUCACCAUUUGAUUGUUACCUCGUGAACCGUAGUUUGAAAACACUGUCACUUCGAAUGGAGCAACAUAAGAUCAACUCAUUGGCUGUUGCGAAAUUCCUGGAAAAGCACCCGAAAGUGGAACGUGUGUUGCAUCCUGGUCUGCCAUCACACCCUCAGCAUGAGUUAGCGAAACGGCAAACAUACGGUCACAGCGGAAUUAUGUCAUUUUAUAUCAAGGGUGGGUUGGAACAAUCGACCAUAUUUUUGAAGUCACUGGAAGUUUUCAUCCUAGCUGAGAGUCUGGGAGGCUAUGAAAGCCUUGCGGAGCUACCAUCGGUAAUGACGCAUGCUUCGGUGCCCGAAGAACAACGAGUUGCUCUCGGGAUUACAGAUGGGUUAAUCAGAAUUUCAGUUGGACUCGAAGACUCUGAUGAUUUAAUAGAAGAUUUGAAAAAUGCUCUAAGCAAUAUUUGAAAGGGAUUUAUACUAAACUGUUAUAAAUUAGGAGGCUAUUUGACAUGAAAAGCAAAAUUCGCGGUACGCCAUAUUUCCUUGUAUAGUUCAUGUUUACCAUGAGAGAUUCCAAUAUAACAAGUUUUUUGAAUAAAUUGUAUGACAAAAUUUUA